GUGGUUGUGCCAUCGGAAAUCUGUGAUUUUUAGUAUUCCCUAAAAGUUGGGGUUUAUUUUAUCAAGCAUUAAAAUUAAUUAUCUAUUUUUAAUUUGUAUGGAUAUGAGUAGUAUUUUACUAGUACCAUCGCCCUCUUCUCUCCAACAGGUUUGUGGAUUUUCUAAAAUUGAAGUGAAGUGCUUUUUGCUAUCGUUUUCGAAUCGUCAAUAAAUUUUAAAUCUUUGAAAAUGAUUCAGUAUCCGCCACUACGUUCUCAGGAGAGUGAAACUCGAUGCUAUAUAAGAUUCAUGAAUUUAACAGAAAGAAGAGUUAACGUUGUAUGGGUUAAUUUUAGUGGAUUGUUUGUUUCCUAUACAACUUUAGAUCGAGGCCAAUUUGUAGAUGUUAACACCUUCAAAACUCAUCCAUGGAUAGCAUUUGAUGAUAAAACCCAAGACAGAAUGCAUAUAGACAAAAAAUUGGUUUAUCACCCACAAACAUUCAGAGAACAUUUAGCUGAAAAAUUACCUGGAUAUAAAUAUAGAGAAGGCGUUGAAAGCAGAAUUAUGAUAGUUAUAUCUCUUCCUGUACAUAGUUUAAAGUAUACUGUUUUGCUAUAUCUUAAAAAUCACUUGAAUGAUCCCCUCAAGGUUGAUCAACUGGAUUUACCUCGGUUAUUAGCAGAUUCCCUCAAAGAUCUUAUUGAAGAAAGAAAAAAUUUGCAAAAAUUGCCUCUUCAUAGGAUGUGUCCAAAUAUACCAUAAAAUGAUCAAGAAUUGUUAUAUGAACAAAAGAGUAUGGAUAUAAUAAAUUGAUCAGAUCUGGUGAAUUCAAAAGUAGAUCUUGAUUGCCUGCUAAAAUUUGGAAGAAAAAUGAAUUGCCAUAAGUUUUAUUGUGGGUUUUUCAUUCCAUUAAAUGGGAAGUUAAAAUUUCUAUGUGAUAAUAUGAAUAUAUGUAUUAUUAAUCCUAUAUUUUUGCAGAAUUAAAAUGUUUUUCCAUUUUGA